CAGCCGUUCACAUGCUGCGCGCCACCCCGCCGAAACGAGUGCGACGUGAGCGCAUCGACUACCCCAGCUCUGUGUGCAAUGCGGUCCAGGAUGCGGUUGACGUGCGUGAAGAUCGUCGGUGUGGUAUGGUCUAGGACAUCCACCAGUGGUGUUGCUGGGGAGAGAUCGACCGCGGCUUCAACUUGGACGUCAGGUAAGUUCGGGCAAGUGACGAAGUCGGUCCCUGGAAACAGCGAGAGUCCCUGUUCUUCGGACGUCUUCAUGCGUAUGAAGCGUACGAAGAAAACCUCUGCUGCGUCGAUCGAGAGGUUCUGCUUGUGGACAAGCGACAAAUCGGAGGCGCGACCAAACAGGUACCACAGCAGACACAGCAAAGCGGCGUCUUGGUAG